ACAAAGAAGCAGAAUGAUCCCUUCAAGAAGAACACCGGUGGUAUGCUGGAUUUGGCUGAGAUAAAGAAGGGCGGCGACGACACUGAUGACGCCUACGACACAGGCAUCGGCACGACGUUCUCAGCGGAAACCAACAAACGCGACGAAGACGCCGAAAUGCAAAAGUAUAUUGAGGCAGAACUUGCGAAACGUCGUGGAGUCCAGGAAAACGAGGAUGAUCAGCAGAAUAUGUACAUGACACCGGAACAAGUUGCACUCAUGGCUGUACCAGAACAUUUGAGAAAGAGCUCAAACAAGAAGUCUGAAGAGAUGCUCUCUAAUCAGAUGCUUAGCGGUAUUCCAGAAGUGGACUUGGGCAUAGAUGCCAAGCUGAAGAAUAUUGAGGCUACGGAAGCUGCCAAAAUGAAGCUAAUUGCUGACCAGCUGAAUAAGAGUGAUGGUCCAUCACACUUCGUGCCAACGAAUAUGGCUGUCAACUUCGUUCAGCAUAACAGAUUCAGCAUCAAAGAGCCGGCCAAGCCCAAGAAGCCGGAGCCCAAGCCGGAGCCCAAGCCGGUGCUGGUCGUCGGAGGCGUCAGGGAGGAGGACACGACCGAGGGCAAGCGGAAACAGGGCCAGGCUAGCGACGACUACCUCUUCAACAAGUUCAAGAAGCAGUUCAAGCGGUGACCCGCGUGAAGUGCACGUUGGGUGAAUUUUGACGUCCACACACAUUGUGGACGCCGACACUUCAUUUGCACACAUGGUGUCAUCGCGAUAAAACAGCGUAUGUUGCUGGGGAUGCAGAGCCGCAACCUGUGUGCGUUCAUUGGACUGGUGACCAUGCUUGUGAAUGAUUGUGAGUUCCGUGUCUUCAUCACAGCGCCAUGUUGGUUGAUGAUUACGUUGUGUUAUUUAAUUCCCCCAUGCGCAUAACGCCAUCGAAAUGUGCAGACAACCUCUCAGUUAGGUUUCAUGGAUGGAACGUGUGCUCGGUGUUGCGUUUGUGCAAGCCCGUUAAUGCCCUUUUUACUGCUUCUGGAAAAUACUCUGAGGCGGACUGCUUUUGGGGAACGACUAAAAAUGUGCAGGCCUUGUCCACUUCAAUAUACAAUUGGUUAAGA